GUGUGUCUGGAUUUUGAAAUCGACACUGUGGACGAGCUACUCGAAAUAUGAAGGAUUUAGCAACGGAUGACCUUGACGGACCGGUAAAACUGUUAAGAGAGAGGAAAAAAACGAGAGACACAUUAGAAUUCAAGAAGCCGUUCGAUUGCUAAAAUGAAAUCGAAGAAGAAAUAAAAGGAGAGGAUAGAAAAAAAAAGGAGGGACAGAUAUUCGUUAAUAUCCGUCAGUUUAAUUCGAUUACCGAAGCCUUAUUAUUCGGAUUACGAUGGAAUUCAAAAGGGAAUUUAUUUCUUCUUAGGUCGAGAGACUUUAAUCUGUGUGUAGCAUAUGUUCUAUUUGCUCGUUAAAGUCUCUCUAUCUUUCUUUCUUUAAGUAUUUAUAUUCAAUGUAUUAAAUUCCUCUUUAGUUAAAUAUUUUCUUUUUUUUUUCAAAUAUAUAUAUAGAAGAAUUUCAAACGUUCAAAGUUCAAUUUAAAAUAUCGACGUCAAUGAUAGAUAGCAAAUAGUUUUUAUACUAAUUUAAGUUAAAAAGACCGUGUGAUUUAUUAUGACCACUUAGAUUUGAUUCUAAUCUCUUGAAAGAAAUUCAUAAGAAAUAAAGAAAAAGAAGGAGGAAAACCGUUGAUUCGCUAGGGUAAAACAGAUUUAAUGGUCUGAUGAGUUUAUUUACUCGUUUACUUCACCGUUGGACGCUACGAGCAAUUAACGAUAAAUUGAUAAAAGAUUAUAAUGAAAUACCAUAUUUAUUCUAACAUUUUUUUGUUAUCAUUGAUAGAAAAUGUAAUAUCAUCUUGUCUUCAGAGUAUAUUCUUUAGAUAUUUUUCUAUAUAGAAAAUACGUUCUUAGGUAUAAUAUCCACAAGUUUUUUAUAUUUUUCAUCUCUUCCUGUAACUCACCGUUAAGGAAGCUACAGUCUGUACUAUUGCGUUCCACCUAACGGUUUAUAUUGUGAUCGGACAACGAGCCUUUUCUAACAACUUGGAAAUUUGCCUAGAAAAAUAUGUUCUUUCAUUCGUAUAUAUAUUAGCAUGAGACAUCAUUCAUGGGAAAAGAUUUACGGUAAUAGCAACAACAACAGUCUUUUAAUUCGUAGGAUUGUCAUCAAUCAUUUAUACGUUCGUUUUAAUUAAAAUAACAAAUAGAUAAAAAAUAUAUUAACCCAUUACACUUUCGAAAAUGAUCUCGAGUUUUUGAUAUAGCUUAUGUUAGAUAUUAAAUUGAAAUUUGGAUAAGAAUAAAAAUAUUUGGCAUAUUGUAAUAGAAGGAGAGAGAGAGAGAUAGAAAAAAAACGAGGUUUCAUCGUACUCGUAAUCAUGCAAAUGUUCUUCGUCUUGUUCUUCUUCUUCUUCCUUCUUCUUCUUCUUGUUCUUGUUCUUCUUCCUCUUGGCAAGGUGCACGCCUAUAUCUUUUCGACUUUGAUUGUCGUGGCCUUGAGGAAGAAGAGGAGAACCGCGUACACCGGUUAUUGUAAUAGCUAUGCGUAGCCGUCCCUCGCGUGUUCGAGGCAGAUGAACGAACAAAAAAGGACGAGGGUUGAAACAUAAAAGAAAAAGGAAGAAGAGGAGGAGAAGGCCGACGACGUCCAGACAUUACCCAAAACUUCCCUUCCGGCGAAUCUACCAUGGCGUGCAUAGUUUCAUUUUUUUUGUAUCUUUUUCUUUACCAAGAAGCUUUCAACGUUUCUCCCUAAUUUUUGGAUCGAUUCUUUGUUAUCCUAAAAUCUUUCUUCUAAUCCACCUGGCAACGUUUUAGGAAAUAAUAAAUAGCGUUCAUAUUUGUAUGAUAAAAAUACACCACUAUAGUGAUAUUUCUUUAGAUUAUUACUAAGACAUUGAGACAAUCGUGGAUGCGUUAUUGCGUGACUGGCAAGAUUUCUAUAGUCUUCUUGGUUGUUGAAUAGCAUUAGAGAAAGUAAGAAUUAUAUUAAAGUCUAUUAUCAAUUCGUUGAUCUGUGACAAGUGUAUUUCUAGCAAGGAUUGCCAGAUAAUUUAUUUUCAAACUCCUUCGUAUAAGAGAACGAAAUUGUUUCUAGUCUAAAAAUCACGAGGAAUUAUUUGUUUUACAAUUUAAUUUAGAAACAACAGAUUAAUAGAUUAAAAUCUAAUCCCCUUUCGAAAAAUUGGAUAGAAUAGUUUACUUACUACUUUUCUUUAUAAGUUUGUAAAAGAAAAAGUAGAGAUCUAAUUGAUAAAUGAUGAUAUUUAUGACAACGGUCGAUUGGUAACAAGUUACGGGUCAGUUAAUACCAUUAAAACGUAUCCACGCGUUCUAAGAAUGAAGUUUACAAAGGUACGUGUUAGGUAAUUAGCUUUUACGGCCGUUUGAACUAAUUCAAAAUCGAUUGGACGUAGUCGUUCGAGUUCGAGGAAACCAUAGUCAAUCGGAAUAAAGAGAGAAAAGAGGAUGACACCUACGUCUUCAAGUAAAAAAGGGUCAAAUUCUCGAAGGGACCUUUUAGGACUCGCAGACUAAGGGUCGAAUUGUAAGCUUGAUCAUCUUCUUCCAAGUCGUUUCGUAUGACAAGUAUUCGUGAUUCUAGACUCAUUUUUAUGGUUUUAUCUAUACAGAAAAAAGAAGCCCAAUAUUAUUCGACUAAUAGUUAACUAAUUUAUUUUAUUCCUUUUAAAGAAAUGUUUCUUUGAUUUUAAUUCCAUAAUUAUACGCUUUCUCUUUCUCUCUCUAUAUAUAUAUAUAUAUGAUAGCUAUUAAAAAAAGAUAGAUAAUUUAUUCUUUAGAGAAGAGGCCCUUUUUCGAACAAGGCUACAAUCUUCGAAAAGAAAAGAAAAAAAAACAGCAGGCAAAGAGUUAGUCUCGUUGGUUCUUGUUCAGACAACGCAACAACUUUCGAAAGGUUCCUUCGAGAUAAUUGCUUGGACCGGAUUCCACUUGGUAUUAAACCAUCCUCAGCUUAAUUAAUAGUUUCACGGGCAGUAUAGCGUCAAUAUAUUAUAGCAUUCUUCGAAAUUUUCUUUCGAUCAUUGAGAAGAAUUUGGGAAUACUUGUUGGCACCCGUAUGACGACAAAUAUUCGCGUUAAAAAUCAUUGUUAAGUUAUUCAAUGUGUAACAUCAUCUUUCUAUAUAUAACACUAUUGCAAUUAAACAUUGUACUAUAAAUAGUAUAGAUAAACGUGUAAUCUAAAAUACGAUCGAUAGGAAUUAGGAUCAAUUAUGUGUGUUGUAGAUGCACGUCGUGUAAAAUAACGCGAGAGAAUCGACAGAGAUAGUGGUGUUGUAGCGGCCGUGAAGAAGAGAAACGAGAUGAGACGGCCCUUUACGAUUUUCCCUCCCCCCUUCCUCUCCCUCUCCCUGUUUCUCUCUCUUUCCCUUUCCCCCUUUCUUCGUUGGACUCGUCCUUUGGUAUAUCUUUUUCAUUCGUAUCUCUCGUUUUGUUCGAUCGAGGUAGAGUGCUCCUCGGUCAUGUUAGUCUAUCGUCUUCUACCUGUUCUCAAGUUGAAAACGUAGGGAUUGGUUGGUGCUGGUGGUACAUCGGCCAUUGGGAUUGGAGAGAACCGGAUCGUUUAUACCCUCCGGGCGAGGUGCAUCCAGAACAGACGCGGUCAACUAGCCGAGUGCGAGAAUCUUCUUCUUAGGGGACGAAUGAGCGUACCCAACCGGACAAUAAGAUGAACAUAAGAUGAAAAAACCGACUCGAGUGACUGCUCCUACCGUCCUCGAUUCUAUUUGCUCGCUCUGUUUGAUUAUUUUAUAGAAACUUUGAUCUAGUAGUAGUAGUAGUAGUAUUAGUAGUAGUAGUAGUAGUAGAUUCUCUUUCUUUAUUUCAUUUAUUUUCUAAUAACAGCAGAUAUGAUCUUUGUAGGUAAAGAUAAUAGUUCAUUUUAUUUAGAUUAGAUCCAUUUAUUAGAAAAUUGUUUUGUUGAUUGUUAUAUUGAUUUUCUUUUUUAAUGGAAAUAAAGUAAUUUAUGUUGGAAUAAAGAUAGUUAAAUAAAAAUUGCGUUUCUCUUGGCCCUGUUAGAAGAGGUACUUUGAAAGGUGCAGAGAACUGUAAAACGGAAGCACGUAUUCCCACGUUUUUCCUUGGCGGAAUCACGUUCUGGGGCGGGUUAAAUACUCUCUGUAAAAGAGCAAAGGGGGAAAGAUAUGACUUGCACGUCGAGAAAUUUCUCUGGAUAGUUCGGAUUAAUGAAUUUAACGUGAUUCUUUCUAGAGGAUAAAAGUAUGUGGCUUUGGAAUUAGGUGAACGGCUUUUCUUGAUCUCUCCUAUUACAUUGGAGACUCGUAACGUGAUACCGUAAUAUUCUGAAAUCUGAGAAUAUCAGAAAAGAAUGAACGAUAUCUAUUCUAUGUUCAACAACUUCGAUGACAAUUUUAUUCUGUCCUUCGAAAAUUUAUUCUCUUGAUAACUUUCGUCGAGGGGGGAAAAUACAAGAAAAUAUCGUACUCGCAUUAGCCUAUCUUGAUCUCGUGCGAAUUUAAAGAUGCACCGAUUGUUCUGCAAAAGCUGUUGCUCGUAGUUCCUUAUUAGGAGUAUUAAUUAGUAAAUUGCAAGGACGUAGUAGGAACGGUUGAAACUAUUAAAACGAUGGUAGGAUACGAUAUCCGUGCGUGUAAACUUGUAUAUUCUCACGAUUUAUAUAUAUAUAUAUAAAUGCAUACUUUGCAGAUUUUCUAUACGAUCGAUUCAAAUACAUUUUUAUCCGUAAAAAUGUUCUUCUUACAGUUUGAUAUAAUAUGAUGCAAUGGUAUUGUUAAAGAAAGUGAAGAAAAAUAAUCAAUAUUUGUUGGAAUUAUAGAUAGUACAAGAUGGCAGUACGUUGAACCCGGAAGAAGAAAGAAGAACGUAGGCGAGGAUGGGACGGCGGACACCUGGAUGAAGAUACAAGGUGAAGGCUAGCUUGGUAGAAGUAUUAAGAGGGUGUAAUGGCAACCUGGAAAUGGAUUCUGCCUGUGUGUCUGGCGACACUAUGGCCACUCGUGGAAGGUUACCUAGCUGUACUAUCCUCGAGUACGCCAGUUGGUACUAUUGUUUUCGAGGCAGGAGUACCGCAGUUAGGUGGUCGUCGAAAGUACGAAGUUUCCGACGAACGUACAGCAUGGUUCGCAAGGAAACUUCUCAAGGUUCAUCCACAUACUGGUCGAGUGACGUUGGCUAAGCAAUUGAGUUGCGAGGGUCUUCAAUAUCCUCGAAUUUUUACCUUCUACGUGGACUCCACGAGUUCGAGAUUAGGCAGACCAACCAUCGAUUAUUAUAGUUUGCCAUUGAGAAUAUUGAUAACUGGUUGUGGGGAAGAAAAUCGAGAUCUUGCUGCUACCAGAGGAUGGAUGGCAGAGACCUUGGCCUCUUAUGCUAUGCCAACUACGGACAGGUUCAUCGAAGUCUGUUUGAGAACCUCGCAACUCGUCGCAGCUCUUAGGGAUUUCCUACCACAGACUGCACUGAAAGAAUGCGAGACCAGAUGGGGUGGUGUCGCGGAUCCUCGUUUUUUAAUCGAAGGAGCAGGCGGUGAUUUAGUCUCGGCCUCAGAACAGUGUCUGGUAGAUCCCUUAUGGAAGAUUUCUGUGUCUAUGUAUUUGAGGUGUGCUGCGGAGUCUCAUUUAGCGGAUGCGGAACAUCGUUUGAAGAUCGUAUUCCAUCAUCAACAACUCGACGAUACCGAUCUUGGUAGGAGAGUUAGAAGAGAGUUACAAAAUCAAUCGCCGUAUUUCGAGCAGCACCUCUACGUCGCAGCGAUCGAAGAAGAAAAGGAACCAGGUACUUACGUGACGUCUCUUCGUGCUAGAGAUCCCGAAGGUGGUACAGUACGAUAUUCCAUGAGUCCUAUCUUGGAUUCUCGUUCUCAAACAUUAUUGGUACUAGACCCAGUUACUGGCAGAGUAACCACACGUGUUAGAUUGGAUAGAGAAAACGUCGAUGUUCAUUACUUCCGAGUAUUGGCUGUGGACGACUCGUUUCCACCAAGGACAGGUACCACGACUCUUCAAGUGAACGUAUUAGAUGCGAACGAUCAUGCUCCCAGCUUCGAGUGGCCAGAAUACGAUGCAUCGGUUAGAGAAGGUGUAUCAGUUGGUUCGACUGUCGCUAUAGUAAAAGCAACCGAUCAGGAUACCGGCAGAAACGCCGAAGUCGAAUACUCGAUCGUCUCGACAAGCGGCGAUGAUACAACUGUUCACGCUGAAGAUACCUCGACCUUUAGAAUCGAUCCACGUUCUGGAGUAGUUACUACGAGGAUGCCACUCGACAGAGAGAAAACCGAGAUCUACACUGUGAUACUUUGUGUUUCCGACUUGGCAACCCCACCGUCGAUACGUAAAACCUCGAAUGCCACUCUGAUCGUUCGUGUUCUCGACGACAAUGACAAUUACCCUCAGUUCACUGAGCGUACAUUUUCUGUAUCAUUACCAGAGGAUCUAGAUUAUACUUCGAAUCCGAUCGUGGCUAGGAUAAGAGCAACAGAUGCAGAUGCGGGCAAUAAUGCUGCUGUGAGAUACGCAAUAAUCGGUGGUAACACGCAGAAUCCUUUUUCCAUCGAUAAUAUGAGUGGGGAUGUUAUUCUCGUGAAGCCUUUGGAUUACGAAUCAAUGAGGAGUUAUAAAAUCGUCAUAAGAGCUCAAGACGGUGGAACACCACCGAGAUCAAACACUACUCAACUCUUGGUUCACGUAAAAGACGUCAAUGACAAUGCACCCAGAUUUUACACCAGUCAUUUCCAAGAUACAGUUGCUGAGAACGUUCCAAUUGGUUAUUCAGUACUCAAAGUACAGGCUUACGAUGCUGAUGAAGGUGUUAAUGCACAGAUUAAAUACGUCAUAGCUUCUCGUGACUUCUCCGGCGCAUCUACGGAAAAUUUUCCCAUCACUGUUAAUCCCGACACCGGUUGGAUCUAUACUACUAAACAAUUGGAUCGUGAAUUAUUUUCUAGGUAUCAAUUCACGGUAAUCGCUUCAGAUUCAGGCGAGGAACCAAAAUCCGCAAGUGCCACUGUCAUUCUAACAGUUUCUGAUGUAAACGACAACGAUCCUUACUUCGAUCCAAAAAAUUAUGACGCUGUAGUGUCGGAAGAUGAUCCACCAGGCACUCCUGUGACAUCUGUUACCGCAACAGAUCCUGACGAAGAUGCAAAGAUACAUUAUGAGAUAACUGCAGGCAAUACAAGAGGUCGAUUUUCGAUAGCAUUUCAGAACGGACGCGGCUUGAUUACAGUGGCUCAACCUUUAGAUUACAAACAGGAGAAAAGAUUCGUAUUGACUGUAACAGCUUCUGACAGUGGUGGAAGAACCGACACUGCUCUGGUCUACGUGAACGUUUCCGAUGCAAAUAAUUUCUCACCAGUUUUUGAAAAUGCUCCCUAUUCGGUCUCGGUGUUUGAAGAUGCACCAAUUGGUACGACCGUUUUGGUGGUCAGUGCCACCGAUUCCGACGUUGGUAAAAAUGCUCAAGUUACUUACAGUCUUGGAACAGACGGAGGUGAACAAGAAGCAGCAGAGUUUACGAUCAAUGCGCAGACCGGUGCCAUUACUACAACUCGAACACUUGAUCGUGAAAAAGUUCCAGGCUACGUGUUAACUGUAACGGCUAGAGAUGGUGGUGUUCCACCUCUAUCUGAUACUACAGACAUCGAGAUAUCAGUCACCGACGUUAACGACAAUGCGCCAGUGUUCAAAGCUCCUCAAUACCAAGGUUCGAUACCCGAAGAUGUUCUGCUUGGCACGAGUGUGCUCGAAGUCUCUGCUACCGAUGAAGAUAUAGAUCUCAAUGGCAGGGUAAGAUACGCGUUAGAAGAUAACGGAGACGAUGCCUUCACGAUAGACCCAACCACAGGAAUAAUAAGAACUUCCAAAUCAUUAGAUCGAGAAUCCGUAGCAAGGUACACUCUGAAAGCUGUAGCUGCUGAUAGAGGUUCACCAUCGUUAUCUUCGGUGGUACCAGUCAUCGUAAAGAUCGAGGACGUCAAUGAUUCCCCUCCAGCAUUUGAAAACGAUAAAAUCAUACUUUACAUCGCAGAAAAUUCUCCAGUAGGUUCGACCGUGGGCGAGAUUUACGCCCACGAUCCUGACGAAGGACCCAAUGCUGUUGUCACGUAUUCUGUUAUCGGUGGUGAGGAUUCCAAAAGUUUUGCAUUGAAUGUUAGACCAGGUGGUGAUCGUGCAGAACUGGUUACUCUUGAAGAGCUUGAUUACGAAUCACCAAAGAAGAAAUUCGAGUUAGUUGUUCGAGCAGCUUCCUCACCUUUACGAUCGGAUGCUUUAGUGCAAAUUAUGGUAACAGAUGUCAACGACAAUGCACCAGUACUGAAAGAUUUUCAAAUAAUUUUCAAUAACUUCAAAGAUUUUUUCCCGACCUCUCCAAUUGGCAAGAUACCGGCUGUAGAUGCCGACGUUACCGAUAAAUUGCUUUACAGUAUUCUCGCUGGUAACAAUGCCAAUCUGAUAGAUUUGAAUAAGAUGACAGGCGAAAUCCGUCUCUCUCCACAAUUAAAUACAAAUGUACCACGAGUUGCUACGAUGGAGGUAUCUGUAACUGAUGGUGUCAAUGAAGCAAAGGCUACCAUGACUCUAUCAGUACGAUUAAUCACAGACGAGAUGCUCUUGAAUUCGAUAACAGUCAGACUCGAUGAUAUGACGGUCGAAGCUUUCCUUAGUCCGCUGUUAGGAUAUUUUUUAGAUGGUCUUGCUGCCAUUAUACCUUGUCCCAGAGAAAACAUCUUUUUAUUUAGCAUUCAGGAGGAUGCAAAUGUGCAAGGGAAGAUAUUGAACGUCAGUUUCUCGGCUCGUAAAGUCGAACCAGGUACAUCCGAAGAGUUUUACAGUCCGCAAUUUCUUCAAGAACGAGUUUAUUUAAAUCGAGGAAUUCUGGCGAGGCUUGCAACUGUCACAGUAUUACCCUUCGACGAUAAUCUUUGCGUAAGGGAACCUUGUCUCAAUUUCGAAGAGUGUUUAACUGUAUUAAAAUUCGGGAAUGCUUCUGGUUUCGCUAGCAGCGAUACAGUACUCUUUCGACCAAUUUAUCCAGUUACCACAUUCGCGUGCAAAUGUGCUAAAGGUUUUACUGGUAGCAGAGAAGCAUACUUGUGUGAUACAGAAGUGAAUUUGUGUUAUUCCAAUCCCUGCCAGAACGGUGGGACAUGUUAUCGAAGAGAAGGCGGAUACGCUUGUUCUUGUCCAUCAGAUUAUAUUGGAGAAAAUUGUCAAAUUUCAUUGGAAAAAAAUGCUUGCGAACCAGGCAUCUGUAAAGGUGGUUCACAGUGCACCAUUAAGAACACAGGAGGAUUUACUUGCGAAGGAUGUCCGGUAAGAGCUUUAGAAAAUGUCACUCCCUUGUGCGAACUGAAAGCUCGUAGUUUUGGACCAGCAACAUUUCUUACAUUCGCCUCGUUAAAACAACGCCACAGACUUCACGUGAGACUGAGAUUUGCCACGGAAUCAUCCGACGGUCUGCUUCUUUACAAUGGUCGUUACAACGAAAAACAUGACUUCGUGGCCUUGGAGAUAAUCGAAACGCACGUACAAUUUAGUUUCUCGCUUGGGGAUGAGAUUACUAGAGCAUCGGCUGAAAUUCCUGGAGGUGUAUCCGACGGACAAUGGCACGAAGUCGAAGUAUCUUACAUUAACAAGACAGUAACAAUUUCUUUGGACAAUUGUGAUGUUGCUUUGGCAUUAGAACACGGCGAAAGAUUAGGUCCGAAAUGGGCUUGUGCCGGAAGAAGCGAGCAAGUACUCGAAGAUCGUUGCAGUCUUAUCACCGAGACAUGUCAUCGAUUUUUAGAUUUAACAGGACCUUUACAAUUAGGUGGUUUACCUGCCAUUCCUUCCAAUUUUCCAGUUAGAACGAAAGACUUUGUUGGGUGUAUCAGUGAUCUUUACAUCGAUCACGUAUUUGUCGAUCUUAACUCUUUCGUCGCAGACAACGGUACUAACGCUGGUUGUCCAGAAAAGAAUGCAUUUUGCUCAUCUCUUCCUUGCAAAAACAACGGCGAGUGUCGCGAAGUCUGGGACGGUUUUAUUUGCGAGUGUAUAGAAAAUUUCGCUGGCCCAACAUGCGAAGAAGAAGUUGGGAAACCAUGGAAAUUUCACGGCGAUGGUUUGUUGAAUUUCAAUCCACUUCUCAGACCGAUUCAACUACCGUGGCUGACGGCACUCAGUUUAAGGACAAGAGCGAAACAUGCGUUCGUUAUGGCAGUACAAAUUGGACAAAAUAGUUCGGUUCUGUUGGAGAUUCGCGAUGGUAAACUGGUUGCUUCGUUGGAUGGCACAGACAUCAUUAGAACUUGGAAUAAUAUUGCUGAUGGCGAAUGGCACAGGCUCGAAAUACUUUGGCAGAGUGGUCACGUUUCUCUCGACAUGGAUUAUCGCGAUAAACCUUUGACUUCAGUCUUACCCGCGAAAUUGCAAGGACUCUACGUGGGCAGAAUUUUAGUUGGUGGUCCAGAUCAAUCAAUAAAUACUGAUUUACCAUUCUACGAUGGUUGUCUACAAGAUCUUAGAAUCGGUACAAACCAAAGUGUAUUGCAACGACCGACCGUUCAAGAGAACGUCGAAACUGGCUGCAUAUCCGAAGCAGUCUGCAGCAUAGACUGUCCCGAAGCAUCGAUUUGUAUGACGAAAUGGCAAGCAAGUGAAUGCGUUUGCGCAGCUGGUAGAGUUGGACGCAAUUGCGAACUUGUUUGCGAUUUAAAUCCUUGUAACAAUACUGGUACUUGCAUCGAGGAUAAAGAAUUUCACAAAGGAUACAAGUGCGAUUGUAAUUCGCCGGAAUACUCUGGAGAUUAUUGCGAGAUAAAAGCUGAUCAACCUUGUCCAGCAACAUGGUGGGGAUCGCCAGUUUGUGGACCAUGUCAUUGUGACGAGUCUAAAGGCUACGAUCCAGCUUGUAAUAAAACAACUGGCGAAUGUUAUUGUAAAGAGAAUCAUUAUCAACCACCGGGUCAAAAGGAAUGCAUUCCCUGUGGAUGUUACGCGAUUGGAAGUUUCGGGCCACGUUGCGAUACAGAAACUGGCCAGUGUCGUUGUCGUGUUGGUGUUAUCGGUCGAUCUUGUACAGCUUGUCCAAAUCCAUAUGCAGAAGUAACUUUACAAGGCUGCGAGGUGAUCUAUGAUGGUUGUCCAAGGUCUUAUGCAGAAGGUUUAUGGUGGCCUAGGACUAAAUUUGGAAUGACAGCUAUCGAGGAUUGUCCCGAUACAGCGGAAGGAAAAACCUCGAGAUCUUGCGAUGAUAAACUUGGGGGAUGGCAACCACCCGAUCUUUUCAAUUGCACAUCAAAAGCUUUCGUUGAACAGAGACAUCAAUUAGCUGCUUUAGAGGCUGAAGAUCUUAUGUUGAAUACGUAUGUAGCUGUGAAAUUAGCCAAGGACGUACAUGAUGCUGCCAACAUGACGAAAAACAUGUACGGUGCCGAUUUACUCGUUGCUGAAUCUCUACUAAUCGCAUUGCUUCGUUACGAGGAGAGUCUCAUUGGUCUUAAUUUAACUCACAGUCAAGACAAAGAUUACGUGGCUAAUCUCGCUGGUAUAGCUAGUGCAAUUUUACAGAAGAAAUAUAUCGAAAAUUGGAUGAGAAUCGAAUCCCUCAACGGCGACAAUCCCGACAAGAUUCUAAACGCAAUGGCCAAAUACUUGAACACUUUGACUUCGUCUCAGCAUGAUACUUUUACCAGUCCCUUCGAAGUGGUUGAUCGUAAUAUAGUUCUUGGAUUGGAUAUAGUAACUUCCGAAAGUCUUUUCGGUUUCGAAGCAUCAGAAUACAAAGAGGAUCCUUCGAUGUCCACUGCAAGACCAUCAGAAGCUGAUCGAAAAGUUGUUUUACCCGAUACUUCAACCUUUCUAAGUUCAAUUACACACUUCGGGCCAUCGAUAAGUUUUCCAAAGUACAACAAUUACAUGGCAGAUCCAAAGAGAUUCGACACCCAUUCCAAAAUACAAGUACCUUUGAAUAUACUGGGUAUUAAACCAUUGGUUCAGGGAGAAUUGAAUGUGAAAAAUAGUUUAAACAAUCAAAAAGCUGUAUUGAGUUACGUGCAAUAUAAAGAAUUAGGCUCCCUUCUACCUCAACGAUUCGAUGAUUCGGUGGCUGUUAGAUGGGGUGUUGAAGUAUCGGUAGGAUCACCUGUGAUGACUGUAUCUGUGUUAGUACCGUCCAAAAAUGGUUACGAAUCGAUGACUGGAAUUCCAUUGCAAUCGCCAGUUCAAGUAAGACUGUGGCUUAGCGAAAACGAUGAUUUUAAGACGAGAACCAAUCCACAGUGUGUUCAUUGGAGUACUGCAAGAGGAACCGGAGAAUGGAGUCGAAUGGGAUGUACAACGGAAGUGGAGGACAAUAGCUUAUCCUAUGGUUCGAUCGUCAAUUGUUCUUGCCUACAGUUGUCGACUUUCGCUGUGUUAACGGAUGUACUCGAUCUCGAAUACGUGCCUGAACCGUCCCUGUUAGAGGAUGUUACAAGUUACAGUGCUUUCAUGCUCGCCCUACCACUUUUACUUUCAGCUCUGCUCAUUUUAGCUUUGAUACGUGGCACAGGAACAAAUUCAAACAGCAUACACAAAAAUCUCGUCCUCUGCGUGUUCCUCGGCGAAACGUUGUACCUGAUUGCUUUGAAAGCAAGAAGUCCAUUGGUCACCAAUGAAUUUCCAUGUAAAUUAACAGCUAUUGGUUUGCAUUACGCUUGGCUAAGUACUUUUGCUUGGACUUUGGUCGAUUCUAUUCAUCUUUAUCGAAUGCUCACUGAAAUGAGGGACGUCAAUCAUGGACAGAUGAGAUUUUAUUAUACAAUGGGUUAUGGCAUGCCUGCAGUUAUCGUUGGUUUGACUAUCGGUGUCAGGGCGGAUCAAUACGGAAAUUUCUACUUUUGUUGGCUGUCGAUAUACGAAACAGUAAUUUGGUCUUUGAUAGGACCAGUUUGCGUAGCAGUGUUCGUUAACUUUUGUAUUCUUGUAAUGUCCAUAAGAGCAGCGUUUACAUUGAAAGAACACAUUAUGGGUUUUGGUAACUUGAGAACGUUACUUUGGUUAUCCGUUGCAUCAUUGCCCUUGCUUGGUUCCAUUUGGACUUUGGCAGUGUUGAACGCUUCCGAAACGUCACCGACUUUAUCGUAUUUGCUCAGUGUUGCAAUUGUCGUUCACGCUGCGUUCAGUUUAAUUGGAUAUUGUUUCAUCAAUGGAAGAGUUAGAAGGAACCUGUACCUGAGUCUUUUGAGAUGUAUUGGGAAAAAGGCACCUUUAUUGGAAGGCAGCAUGGGCAAUGGAAGCAGCAGUCAAAAUGUUAAUGGUCAUUCGAGAUCGGCAUUAGCUUACUCGUCGACGUAUAGUGGGGCCGAAUCAGUUUGUAGAAGAGUUCACGUUGGCGUAUCGACAAGUAGUACGACUUCUCGAAGUACAAAUAAAACUGGUUCUAGUCCUUACCGCAGUGAUACACAUUUGAGACACACGUCAACAUCAACCAGCAAUUACAAUAGCGAUCGAGACCCUUACAUGUCGUCCAGGAGUCAACGAUCGGUUGUACAUCCUCGGCAAGAGUCGAGUGAAUCGAGAAAUCCACGGAGAGAUUCUGAAUCCGAUUCCGACGGUUCUCAAGCCGAAGGCGGUGGUAGAAGUUUAGAUCUUGCUAGUUCGCACAGUUCUGAUGAAGACGACGUUACUUCGAGAUCUCACAGGAACAUGGGUGUUUCGGCUCAACAACCAGUAGCUCACAGCUAUCUUCCAAACAUACACAGUAAUCCUGCCGAACACUUGAACAUACUUUGUUCUAAUGCUGAAUUAUUCCCUAAUAUAAAACCGAUUUAUGCACCGAGAUGGAGUUCCCAACUACCGGAAGCCUAUCUUUCAUCCAAUGUGAUGGACGUGCGAGGGAGUCAAUGGUCAGGUGGUACAAUGUCAGAUAACGAGAUGGCCUCCAACAAAACGUCCAGUCCAAAUCCUUUACCAUAUCCUGAGAUGAGUUCACCGCAAAAGAGUCAAUUAGACGAAAAUUAUUCUGAAGGGGAAGAAAAGAUACAUCACGUUGGUGAAAAGUAUCUUUUCCCGUAUACUGCCGAAGAGGAUCAUACGAUAUCACCAACACCGUACAUGUUAUCGAUGUCUUCACGAAUUCUCGCUUCGAGCAUGAGCCAUCAUUCUCAGAAUUCUAAUCACGAGAACAUGAGUGGUUCGGAGAGGUACGGUAGCUUGAAGAGAGGUCAAAGUUUGCAUGGAUCUCAACACGACAAUAUGAGUGGUUCCGAAAGGUACGGAAGUUUGAAAAGAGGCAAGAUCACUCCAACUGUAUUGGAGGAUGCACCAGAAUUUAUUCUACCGAUGAGUGGUAGGAUAUUGUCCAGCUCGUUGACGCACGAUCUUCAACAUAGCAACGAAUUGGCGGCUCUGAGACAGCAGCAGCAACAACAGCAAUACGAGCAGACGAUCACUGAGACUGACGAGGAGGAAGGAUACUAACGCGGAAACGUCUGUAUGAUCGCCAUCGCGACGUUCUGUCGCGUAUACAAAAAAAUAUCGUACAAAUUAAAAAAAGAAUUAGAGAUUAGAAUUCGAAAUGGCUUCGAUCGAUCAUUUCCAUCGCUCGAAUAAUGAAAUUAUGACAAAAUCAUUGGAAGGAGGAGGAGGAGAAGGAGGAGGAGAAGGAUAAAUAAAUUCGAACGAUUGAAAUAAAAAUCGAGAGUUUUCUUUUCUUCUUCUUCUUUUUCGAGGAAGGGAACUUACUGCAACCUCUGGGUGGCAACGGUGGUGCUGAUUCU